AUGGUCCCUGCGACCGAGCUCACACCCGAACAAAUUCUCGCGAAACCGCCGGUCGACGAGUCUGCGCACGUCCUGGCCAAGAACCUGCCCUUGAUAUGCAGUGGGUGCGGGGCACUCAGCCAAACGGCUGAGCCUGGACAGGCUGGUUACUACGAUCUGAAAAGGAGGGCGGUACGAGAAUAUGUCACCAUGGAGGAAGAAAAGGCUGGGAGGGAAGCGCAAGAGGAGGACGCGGUUGUUGAAGCGGCACUGCAGAAUCUGGGCGAGGAGAAGCUCAAGGAGCUGGGACUUGAUCCUCGCUCUUUGCGCUAUGGGGAGGAAUUGGAGUCGAACAGGCCCGUCAAAGGACCGACGUCUUGGAGAGUGCCGCUCUGCGACCGAUGCCAUAGGCUCGUCCACCACCACGAGGGCGAACCCAUCUACCACCCGAGCAUAGACUCCCUACGGGAGACGAUCGAAGAGUCGCCGUUCAAGAAGAACUACAUCUACCACAUUAUCGAUGCCGCCGACUUUCCCAUGUCGUUCAUCCCGAAGCUGCACAUGCUCCUCGACGCCAACCUCAAGCAUCGCAACCGUAGGAACAAGGCGGGCCGGUACUACAGGGAUCGCAUGUUCAACAUAGACUUCGUCAUUACCCGGUCGGAUCUGCUCGCGCCACAGGCGGAGAUGGUGGACAGGAUGAUGCCGUACAUGCGCGAGGUGCUGCGCCGCUCUUUGGGCAAGUUCGGAAAGCUCGUCACGCUCGGUAACGUGAGCUGUGUCAGCGCGAAGAGGGGAUGGUGGACCAAGCCGCUCAAGGACAAGAUUUAUAAACGUGGAGGGGCUGGGUGGAUGGUUGGUAAGGUCAAUGUCGGGAAGAGCCAGCUGUUCGAUGCUGUGUUUCCCAAGGGUACCACCGCCGACAUCUCCCUGAAAACACCGAUCAACAUUUCCCUCUUCGCGAAAGAGGAGGACGGCCCGAAUGAGCGCUACGUGACGGAAGAUGUGGAAGACGACAUGCGCCUGGAUGAGACGUCUAUGUUGCCGCCCGUUCGACCAGAGACCAACUACCCCGAGAUGCCUACGGUUUCAACUCUCCCUGGUACUACGGCAUCUCCCAUCCGUAUACCCUUCGGCAACGGAAAGGGCGAGCUGAUUGAUCUUCCUGGUGUUGCUCGUUCGAACUUGGAGAACUACGUGAAGCCUGAACACAGGUCGUCCCUGGUCAUGGAGUCAAGAAUCAAGCCGCAGCAGCAUAGCCUGAACACUAAACAGUCUCUCAUCCUCGGCGGCGGACUGAUUCGCAUCACCCCGAAGACCCCCGGUCUGGUCUUCCUUGCAUACAACUUCACACCUCUCCCGGAACACAAGACCUCCACCGAAAAGGCCAUCGAGUUCCAAGCGGAGACGCGAGAGGCGCCCCUCAAGGUGGAAAAGCUCACAGUCCAAGGAACCGGCGAGACAAUCAAGCUUGCCGGAACCUUCAAGCUCAAUCAUGAUGUGACCAAGGAGCGCUCUGGCCCUCUGACUCGCAAGGACGUUGCCAACAUGAAGGUCGAGGACCUCCCGUGGCGUGUCCUGGCCACCGACAUCCUCAUCGAAGGCUGCGGCUGGAUCGAGAUCGUGGCACAGGUGCGGACGAGGCACCUGUUCGACGGGAUGUCCUCGUUCCCCGAGCAAUCAGAACCGGAGUCUCUGGAGGAGCCUGAACCCGAACCUGAACCUGAGGCUGUUGAUCCGUUUCUGAAGAUGGAGCAGGCGGCAGAGCAGCAUGCCGUGUCAAAGGAGAAGCCCAAGCCCGCCGCCGAACCCGAGAACCCGGAGCCGAAUUGGCCCGUCGUCGAGGUCUACUCCCCCGAGGGCAAGUUCAUUGGCGAGCGUCUUCCCAUGAACGCGUGGUUGAUCAACAAGCCGCCCAAGAAGGACAUCAAGGCUCGUCCUCGUAAGAGUAUGAAGGGUGCGAAGAAGGCGGCGAAGCAGGCCAAGAGGGCUGCUGCUGCGUCGUAG